AUGUUAGUCCAAAGACCACAAUCCGCCCUGGUGACCCGAGAUCCUCGCCCCAGACCCCGGCCUCUCUGCUCCUCCCUCCUCAACGGUCUCGAGUGCUACGACGAAACCUGCCCCGCAUCCCAUGAUCCCAAACUCAUAAAGAGCAGGCGCUGCAGCUACGGCCACAGAUGCUGGUAUCUGGAGAGAGGAGAGUGUAGCAAGUUCCACACGGCGACAGAACGUUACCUAGCCGCGCGGAAGAUGAUGGAGAUAGGGUUAUCUGGCGGCUUUGUGCUGAACACGGCCCAGAAGGACGGCGUUACGGCCUUUGGCGAUUGGUACGGUAUCCGGAAUACCGAAGUGAUUGCGAGCUUCAACUGCUUGAGGGGAGGAGGACUAGCGGUGCCAGGUCUACCACCGGCCUUUGUCCGCCCAACAACACCUGUUCGUUUCGACACAAGAGACAUGCACCUCCGCAACAUAUCCCCCUGGCACGCACCAGAAGCCCCCAAAUUCCAACCUCUCGCCCAGGCCCUCCGCGUCCGCCGCCCAGACAUGAGCCUCCUAUCGGGCUUCCACAUCGUCACGACAGCCGGCUGCCUCCGCCGCCUCACCAACUUCCUCGACGGCGAAAACCACCGCGUCGGCGAGCGCACGCAGCGUCUCGACAUCGAGGUGCGCGAGGACACCGUCUUCAUAGGCCGGUGGGAGGACGACGCACGGAAUCACAUGCACACGGGGUACGGGAAGCAGUUUGAGGAGCUAGCCACGUCGUAUGAUGCGUUAUUACCCGACCUGAGGGAUACGUUGAGCAGCCACGUGGCCAUGGCCUAUGACAUGGGCGAUUUGAAGUUGGUCGUGCAGGCCGAGGUGGAUGCUAUUUGCUGCAAGUGCCAUACGUCUUCGAAGGGGCCCUGGGGUGCUCCGGAGACGCCUUCGACGCUUCCGAAGCGGCGGUUGUCGAGUGGGCGGUUCGACGUGCUCUCCCUCGAUACGGGGAACGGAGAAGGAGAAGAGGAGGAGCAUUACGGGGCCGUGACGACCGCCAAGGAGGGCACAAGGAUCCUGCACACGGGGAGACAGGUCGAACCAUCCUGCUGCAUCGAGAUCAAGACCCGAACAGAAAAGGCCCUCCACAGACCCUCCUCACCAGAUUUCAUGGCCCAGCUCUACUUCCAGCGCACGUCCAAAGUCUUCCUCGCUCUCCACAGAAACGGCUGCUUCAGCCCCGAGGAGAUGUGGCAGUGGGACGCUGCCAAGGCCGUGAGCAAGUGGGAGGCGGAUAACCAAGUACUGCUGGCUAGGCUCGUGAAGCUAUUGGAGGACGUGAGGUCAAGAGCUGUUGAGGUGGCCGAGAAGGCGGGGGGUCAGUGUAGGAUGGCGCUUGUGCUGGGGCGUGACGCAUCGCAGGAGGGGAGGAGGGAUUGGAAGGCGACGUUGUAUGAGAGGGAAGGGUCGGAAUCGAUGCUGCCCGAGGAUCUGUGA